CGCUGGCUGCGCCGGGGCUGCGGUCUGCCAGGGACGCCGGCGGCGGGGUCGGGCCGGGGGGCGCGGGCGGCCCGCGGGGCAUCUCCCUCUCUCGCUCCCCACCCCCUCCCCGCCCCCGGUCGGGGGAGGCGGCGUGUCCGGCGGAGGGGCGCGGGGCGCGGGGCGCGGGGCAGGGCUGGAGCGCCAUGAGCAGCCCGGAUGCGGGGUACGCCAGUGACGAGCAGAGCCAGCCCCGGAGCGCGCUGCCCGCCGUGAUGGCCGGGCUGGGCCCCUGCCCCUGGGCCGAGUCGCUGAGUCCCCUCGGGGACAUGAAGAUGAAGGGCGAGGCGGCGGCGAGCAGCGGGGCGCCGGCUGGGACGGCGGGCCGAGCCAAGGGCGAGUCUCGCAUCCGGCGGCCGAUGAACGCCUUCAUGGUGUGGGCGAAGGACGAACGCAAGCGCCUGGCGCAGCAGAACCCGGACCUGCACAACGCCGAGCUGAGCAAGAUGCUGGGCAAGUCGUGGAAGGCGCUGACGCUGGCGGAGAAGCGGCCCUUCGUGGAGGAGGCCGAGCGGCUGCGCGUGCAGCACAUGCAGGACCACCCCAACUACAAGUACCGGCCGCGGCGGCGCAAGCAGGUGAAGCGGCUGAAGCGGGUGGAGGGCGGCUUCCUGCACGGCCUCGCCGAGCCGCCGGCGGCCGCGCUGGGCCCCGAGGGCGGCCGCGUGGCCAUGGACGGUCUGGGCCUGCCCUUCCCUGAGCAGGGCUUCCCCGCGGGCCCGCCGCUGCUGCCCCCGCACAUGGGUGGCCACUACCGCGACUGCCAGGCCCUGGGCGCGCCCCCGCUCGACGGCUACCCGCUGCCCACGCCCGACACGUCCCCGCUGGACGGCGUGGAGCCCGACCCCGCCUUCUUCGCCGCGCCGCUGCCCGGGGACUGUCCGGCCGCCGGGCCCUACAGCUACGCGCAGGCCGCGGACUACGCGGCGCCCCCGGAGCCGCCCGCCGCCGGGCCCCUGCACGCCCGGCUCGGCCCGGAGCCCGCGGGCCCCGCGAUGCCGGGCCUCCUGGCGCCCCCCAGCGCCCUGCACAUGUACUACGGCGCGAUGGGCUCGCCGGCGGCGGCGGGCGGCGGGCGCGGCUUCCAGGUGCCGCCGCAGCCGCCCCCGCCGGGCCCGGGGCAGCCGUCGCCGCCGCCCGAGGCGCUGCCCUGCCGGGACGGCGCGGACCCCGGCCAGCCGGCCGAGCUCCUCGGGGAGGUGGACCGCACGGAAUUCGAACAGUACCUGCACUUCGUGUGCAAGCCCGAGAUGGGGCUCUCCUACCAGGGACACGACUCCGGCGUGAAUCUGGCGGACAGCCACGGGGCCAUCUCCUCGGUGGUGUCCGACGCCAGCUCCGCGGUGUAUUACUGCAACUACCCCGACGUCUGACGGGUCCCCUCCGACCCAGCCUGUAGGCCAGAAGCACAAACAGUGUUACACACUCUUCCUGGAGGAGCUAAGGAAGUCCUCCGCCUCAUGUCGUGUCAUGUUGUUUUGAAGUUGCCUUGGCGUAUAAUUUAUGGUAAUUUAUUUUGUCUGCCACUCGAACACUUGGGGGGAGAAAAAUGUGAGGUGGUGUUUGAAGAUUGGUUCAGACACUUGGUUUCCCACAGCUGCGUCGUCAAAACCCCAUUUCCGAGUUCAAGUUCACCAGUUUUCAGUGGGCCCCGGAACAACUCGCUCCGUUUCCCGAAGCUUUAUUGAUCUAAGAAAUUUUAUCCCGGGUGUGUUUUUUCAAUCUUAAAAAUAAAUAAAUAAAUAAAAUCUGGAAUCCUACUUUUUCACUCUGCUAGCGCCUCUGUCACAGAAGCCAAUUUUUGAG